UGGUACAAAAACAAGUUUCAAAAAGUGGGCAACGUUAACUUUGCAGUCGCAACUGUUGACUGAUUUUCACUACAGUAAGCAAAAUGUGAAUCAAAAGCACUCCAUGAUUGCAAACCUCCUUUCUCUCUCUCUACAACUUUUUUAUCACUGCUUCAGAGAUACAGAGAGAGAGAUAAUGGAAGGGCCGUCGUGGUCGGGGCACUUCCCCGCCGCCGCCCGCUACCAGCGGUGCUUCAUCUGCCCCACGUGCAACGCCAGAAGCUGCCGCCGCCUUCAGUCCCACACCCUCAAAAACCCCGGUCGCUUCUUCUUCUCUUGCCCCGAUGACAAUUUUUUCAAGUGGGAAGACGAGGUGAGGCCCCAUGAAUGGAUCGAGGUGCCUAACUGCGGCGGUUGUGGGGCCGGAGUUUGCCGGGUUAGGAAGGAAACCGCCGGACCCAAUGCGGGUCGGAUCAUGUUCAUGUGCAGGGUAAAGGAGGGAGAAGGUUCUUGUGGCUAUAGAGUUUGGCAAGACGAGCUAGAAAUGAUAGAAGCUUGUCAGGCAGAGGAAAGGGCUCUGUCUCGAUCAGGAAUCGUAAAUUGCAACGGUGAAGUUACUGAUGCAGUCGAGGUCAGCAAGCAGAGAGAUGAAGGGACGGAUCAUGUAUCGCCUUCCGUUGAAACUUGUGAUGAUCUCAUGUGUCGUGAAGUAACCUCCUCUCGGAGGAUGGAUCGUGAAGUAGUAUCUGGUAAAAUGGAUCGCUUGAAAUACCCGGAAGAAAAAUCUAAUUUGACUUCAAGGAGACCUCACAAACGAUCACGUUAUGGUGACAUAAUAGCUUCGGGUUUUCCAAUUUCUGCUAGCUUUUCGACAGUACGUGUAGCUCUGAACUCUACGUCAACUAGACACUGUUGGAUGGUGGAUGCACUCCGUGAGAAUUUAAGUACUGAACUGAAUGGCUGGUGGGGAAGGCUUGUUUUCCGUCCGAAGCGCUGCCUGAUGACUUAUGCACUGAAACCAUCCAUCUCGUGUGUUUCCAACCCCCUAGAGUCCACUUUUGUGGUGGAAGACAUUUUGGUGAACCUUAGUGGUUCAAUCACCCCACAGAGAAAUUCGAAGGGAGUUGAAAGCAAUAGAAAGCUUUCUCUGAAUCUGGAACAGCAUCAUAGUCCUAUAGACUCCACUUAUGUGGUACAGGAAAAGAUUCUGGUAAAUUAUAGCGACGCUACAACUUCAACAAGGAGUCUUCUUGGAGCUAGAAAUCAUAGCGAGCCACUCGUCACUCAGGCCAAGCGUAACAGUGCAGCAAUUACACUUUCUCCUGUUUUUCUAAAGGAACCAUCCUGCAAGCCAACGACUCGAGGUGGUAUGUCGAACUCAAUCUCGAAUGUAUUUCAUCAAGCUGCUGAGCGCCUUCAGGACGAGCUUCUCGACCGUCUGGAGACAAUGGCUGUUAAAGACCACGCGGCCAUGAGUCGGGAGGCAGAAGCUACGUUUGCUGCUCUAGAUUGCUUGCUCUUGGAUUAUCAAGAUUUCAAGUGGCGCGUGGAGGAACUGAUCCGUUGUGCUUCACAGUUGGUUGAGAUUGACCGAGCUAUGCCCACGAGUGAUUCUUUUCAGAAGUUAGUCGAGAUUUGUUCUCGUGAGAGAGGGAGACUGGAUGAGAUCAACCACAAACAUGCUGAGGCAGUCGAAGCCCUGAUCAACAGCAAGAAGCAUGUAAAAGUUUUGCAAGAAGAGAUCUCUUCUACCCUGGACUGGCUUUUCCAGAUUGAAUCUGAUGUAUCUUGUUGUGAGGUUGAGAUGAGAUGUUUGGAGCUUCAGCUCGAGGAAACAUCCAAAAACAAGGAGGUGUUGGAGGGAAAGUAUUUGAUUGCAUCUAAAGAACUAGAAGAGUCACAGAAACUCCUCCUCGAGCAGAGAGAAGUGGAACGAAAUGCUGCAAAGGCUGCAUUCGACAGGGCAAGAGCGUUGCUACGAGGAUAGAACUCCACUGCACUGAGCUGCCUCUUUGUCCAUGUAACGUAUAUCUAGUUCGCUUUCUUGUAGCAUAUUAUACUUCAACUAAUCUAGUUCAACCUUUAAUAAUCCUAGGGCAUCUAGGAUAACAUUAAUGUCUAUUCUGAUCUGUAAUCUAUCCUUCUUGUAAAAUAAUAUCUUGUUAAAACUCCGACCCUCAUAGCCACAAAUCUGCACUUGGCAUUGUGGUUUGUUGUCUGAGAAUGUAAACUAUGUUGAAGCUAAAUAAUUAACUGUAGAAUUAAGCUAUUGCCUUA